AUGGAGUAUAGCAAAUAUUAUGAAAAGAGAAAAAUGGAAAAAUUUCUAAGUUUCAAACACACGUAUGAAUACAAUGAGGAUGAUAAGAAAAAUUUCGGAAUAAAUUACCUGAACCCUGAAUUUCUACAUGACGAAUUGACAAGAUUAAACAUAUUCACCAUCAUAAAAAAUGAAAUAAUAAACGUACUGGCGGUUAUUAAGAAGCACGAAUAUAAUAAAAAUUUGGAUUCCAGUAUUGUGGACGCACUGUUCAUCCUGUACAACAGCAUCAGCAAUUUGACGAACAGCUUGAAGGAAGAAAUAGACAUACAAGAGUUUAAUAAUAAGCUAGAUAUAUAUCAUAUAGCUCCUUUUUUAAAUAUCAUAAGAAACAAUAACAUUUUUUAUAGAAUAAAACUGAACGCUUUACAUUCCUUGGACCACAUAUUAAAGUAUAACAGUAGCUAUUUCAAUGAAAAGAUCUAUGAUGAAAAUAUUUCUAAAAAACAGGAGUCGUACAUCUCCAUUGACAACGAUCACGAUGUGAAAAUUAACAAGAAGGGCCAUUUAAAUAAGAAGGCACUAAACGAUGCACACCAAAACAGUCAUACCAAAGUGAGUGAAGAAAAGCAUGAUGAUAGCGAUGUGCUAUCAUCCAAGAUGAGUGAAAAAAUGCCGAAGAGAAAAAAAUAUCAUUUUUUUUCAAAGAAUUAUAAGUUAUCCAAAAAAUUUCCUAAUAAGAAGGAAGAGAACCCCAAUUUCUUAAUUAACAAAGGGAACAACAUCAUUAACGUCAGCAUAGAAACGUUACUAUCUGCACCUAUUAACUACAAUAAUAUUAACCAUGAAGAAAUUAUACUGUACGAUACCAUCAUUUUGUUUAAUAAUAUGUUAUGUAAUGCCAUCAAAGUUGUUGACAGGAAAAAUAUUAUAAAAAUCAUUUGCUACAUUUUUAAAAUAUACAAGAAUAAUAAAUAUUCCCUGUUGUUUAAGGGGAAUUGUGAAUCCAUAUUGAAAAACAUUUUCUACAUUGUAAUGAAUAACCUGACGAGUAGAACGGUCAGCGGAAGUAUGAGCAGCGUUAUCAGUGCUACUGCCAACGCACCUAGUAACGUUAGCACGAAUGAACCUAACGACGCUUUCACAAAUCACUCGCGCGAUGCCUGCGCGAAUGUCGCAAGCUUGCCAGAUGACGACUUCAUACACGAUUUGCUAACCAUCAUUCUGAUACUAAUGAACAGCAAUAAAAAUAAGUUCGUCGAGGAUUUAUUAAAAACGAAGGAGUGCAUUGGCUUGUAUAAUGACUUGUUUGAAAAUGAAAUUUCGAACGACAAUAUGGAGUGCAUUAAUUUGCUGUCCUUCAGAUUGCUAAACAUUCUUCUAGAAACUUGCGGAUACGCCCUGAUAAACAAAAACUUUGACGCCCUGUCACACAUAAUAAGGUCCUUAUUUCUGCACAUCACGUCAUCGUCUUAUAUCCUAAUGUGCAGAUCCAUGAGAACUUAUAUAAACAUUUUUAUCCUUUAUAAGAAGCACUUUUGCAUUUACAACGAAGUGUUUAUUAAUAUAUUAUUAAGCAUACUGAAGAAAAGUUCUUCCAAAAACGUCACCGAAACUGCUUUGCUAACCUUGUCCUAUUUUUGUCUUGAAAAUGUCCUAUUCGAAAUAUAUUACAACCAUGAUGUUAACUUGUACGCCUCUGACCUGCUGGAAAAUUUCAUAAGAACCGUACUAGAUUUGUGCGUCAAUUUUAUGCACAACACGACCAUUAUAAAUGAAGUCAUUUUUAAGAUGGUAAAGAACAUUUUGCACAUAAUAAUACCGUGCGUGGGAAAUUGUCCCGCUUCUGUAACUUUCAGAAGCAACAGAAGUGGCAGUAACGUAUUGAACGACCUGAACAAUCGAAUGGGCGACAUAGGAGCCUACACGAAUCAGCUUAUUAGUGAAUUCAGAAACGAUUUAUACGAAGAUAUUUUUGGCUAUGUAAUCCAUUCUGGGAAAAUCGAGUUGCUGAAAGGCACAUCUGCAAAGAAGGGGUCCAACUCUCAUCCGAGUCAUCCCCAUUCUGCAAUAGAUGAAUCCAAUGGUGACAUAAUAAAAGACGCGGUGGAACAGUUUGUUGAAGAUCAUAACGGUAAUGGACCACUACGCAGCAGUUGUGCCCAGGGGGGUAUGGAUAAAAGUCAUGUGAGGGACGAGAACAGGGAACCCCACACCGACGUUGAAUCGUCAGGAAGCCGAAAUGCGAGCGCAGCCACCGAUUGUGACAACAACACGUGGGAAACAAAAGCGUCCAAGGUACAUUCGGACGACGUUAACACCAAAAAUGGAGAAAACGAUUUAGAGGGAGAAAACAGGAAGCAGAAAAGGCCUAGCGAUGCGAACAGCGCGGAUGUUAUCCACACGGAGAAUGGCGGCUCCCAAAAUAUCAUGGAACGAAACAGCGUUGUCAGUAACGUCCAAAGGAACCUAAUGGAGGACCCACACUUUUUGAAGUCCAUAGCCAAGUUUCUCAGGUAUAACCCCUUUCUAGACAAAGAAUUUGUGGGGGAAUACAUUUCGCACAGAAAAAAUAUAAAUAUUUUGAAGAGUUACGUACGACUUUUUGACUUCUGCAACUUGUCGUUACUGUCCUCCCUGAGAUUGUUCUUGUACUGUUUCAAGUUACCAGGAGAAGCUCAGCUAAUCGAGAGGAUAUUAGAACAUUUCAGCUUGUGUUUUUUUUAUUCCAAUCCGAUUUGUGGAGAUUUAGAUAGGGUUUACCACCAAAAGGGUGACAAACUUGAAUGCGUGCUGAAGGAGGAAGAGCUGGCCAACACGAAGAGGUACAUCUUGAUAGAUUUCCUCAAUGAUACCUCUCACGAAGGGGGUAGUGGAAACGGUAGUAAUAACCAACCAAAUGAGAGCGGCGAGCCGAAGCAAAGAGAUGGAGACACACCGCGCGAGAAUAAAAAAGGCAGCCCCGAAAAGAAGAAGAAGAAAAAAAAAAACACGUCGCAACAAAGCAGUGUACAGGAAAAAAUUAAUCUAAAAAAAGAUGUCGACAUGUAUGAUUACAUUCACAGAAAUGUGCACUCCAUUUCGAAGAAAAUACAAUUGAUGAGCGAAGAGGAAGUGCAGAAGAAGUACGUCAUUGUUGAAAAUAGCGACGUUAUAUUUAUAUUAACCUAUUCGAUUAUUAUGUUGAACACAGAUCUGCACAACAAUCAGGUAAAGAACAAAAUGAAGUUGGAAGAGUUUAUUAAAAACAACAGGGGAAUAAAUAACGGAAAAAAUAUAGAUAGAAUAUAUUUGGAAAAUCUGUACAACUGCAUAUUGCAUGAAGAAAUUAAGCUGUUCUCCAACACACAGAGCUCCUACACAAAUGACAAUCAGUACUGGAAGUUACUCGAAAAGAGGAAAGAGCAGUACAAAAAUUAUCAUUCAUUUAAGGCAAAGGAGGUGUACUUCUACAAAUUUGACAUCAAUAAAUUGUUAAUUAAGAAUAACUUCAUUCCGAUUUUUUUCGAAAUUUUCAAGCGUACCAGUGAUUACAACUUGACAGAAAAUUGUCUGAGCAUAUUCAAGAUGGCCAUAACAAAUUUUGCUUACUACCAUGAUGUAGAAAACAUAAAUAAACUGUGUUAUAUAUUUAAAUAUAUCAAUUUCUAUUUGACGCAGAAAUCACAGUCAUUACUGUACCUCUUAUUUCAUCUCAUCAAAAGGUGCCACAAUUUAUUUCGAGACGGAUGGGUAAUAUACAUAAAUGUUUUGUGCAAAUUAAUUACCAUAGAUUUAGUCCCCAUCUUUUUUUAUCCCCACAUGUAUAUAAACAGUGCCCAAUUUAAUAACGACAAAGAUUUCCUCCACAGAAAGUACAAAAAGGGAAACUGCGUGGAGACAUAUAAUAUCAAUAAAAGCAUAACAGAAAUUUAUCAGCACCCAUUUCUGAUAUUCAAAAAGAAUAUUAAAAAAAUCAACAAGUCAAAGUGGAUUGACGAAUUCAGCAGUAUAUUCUUUUCCAGACAUAGCAAUAAUGAAAAUUCCAAUUUGUCCAUCGUAUUUAGGGAAAGUUAUUCUGAGAAACUCGAUGAAGAUAAAAAGAAAAGGAAAAAAAGAAAUAAAACACAGGAACAUGCACAUAACGAAAAAACGAACAACAUGCCUACCAUGAAUGCAGAAAUAAAACAAACGGAUGAAGGAAACGAAGACGAUGAUGAUGAACAUAAUGAUGACGAUGACGAGGAAGAUGAUAAUGAUGAAGAUAACCUCAACCACAUAUAUGUACACAUUAAAGUGGACCCAAAAAAUGUCGAUAACAGCUCCAUUAUAGACAAUGUCACCAUUUAUAAAAGAUUAAAAUUAGAUGUUUACAACUUUUUUACCAUGAACGAUUUUUACAACAAUAUGAUUACCAAUUUGAACAUCACCAGUUUUGUAUACUUGGUCAAAAUUUUAAUGAUUAAGUGUUCCGUUACCAAGCACAGUGAACAGCACAACGCCGCCCAGGGAAGUAGAACCGAUCUGCAUAACUCCAUCCUGAAGAUGCAAAUUAUAGCCAACCACAACCAUAUGACAAAUGAUAAGAACGCCGGCAUUCAUAACACCCACGAAAGUAUUAAUGACUCCAAUCCAGUUUUAAUAAACGCGGAUAACUCUUUCGAUUUGUUUUGCAGCGCGAAGGAAAAACUGCUCACGUCACAAAUGCUCUUUCACAUUAUGUAUUUUAAGAUUAACUACACCUAUGUGUUGUCUAGCAUGAUCUGUAGAAUGGGAAGGAGAAGCACUACAAAGAUAUUCAAAGAAAGGGCCCCUAAAUACAAGUGUGGAAAAAUGAGCUCUCCGAUAAAUUCACUUGUGGAAGAAUCCCUAAGGGGAGACACUCAUCUAAGCGCCGUAAAGAACGAGGAUGAUGAAAAAAAGAAGAAAAAUCGUUAUGACCUCACUUUGAAUAAUAUUUACGACACGGACAAUUCAACGAACGUCUCGUCCAGCGACUCAGAAUUUAGUGACAUAUCUAGCGACUCCUUUUUUAUAAGAAAGAAUGACCUAACUGCUGAAGAAAGUGGAACCUACGUAGAUGAAGCUGAGCAACAGAAGGGGGACUCCAAAGAAGAACAGGGCGAGCUGAAUAAACACAAGGACGAAUUUGAUAAGAUUUACUCGUACGCCAAUGAUGACGAUAGUAGCAAUGAGGACGCCUGUGACGAAGCCAGCUCGGACGACAGCAUGGAUCCGAGUUUCGAUGAUAGUAACGACGCCGAAGCGGAUUGCGAACCCCCCCCCGCCAGUGGCACGCACAGCGCCAAAACUCACAGCGCAAGCGAAAUGAUGCACGAGGACAUGUCUCCGAGGAGUAACCCGAGGAGCAGCCCGAGCAAGCCCGUCCGAACAGAUAAAGGAAACAAGUUUCUAAUGGACAAAAUUAAGAUGGAACUGUACACAAAAACGUACAUUAUGCACCUAAAAAUUACCGUAAUCACAUUUGAGCACUUCUUUAACCUGCUGAAUAAAUUCCUCCUAAUCAACUAUAACAACAGCAUCUUCGUGAGCAUUUAUAACAGCAUUUUUAAGGACUACCAAAUGGAAGACAUAAAAUUUGUGGCGGAAGAAGACAUGGCAAAUGAUGAAACAUUGUCAUACCAGAUCUAUGAGGAGAAUUUCGAAAAUAUCGACAAAAAGUUACAUUACAAGGAGGAAAAGGUAGCCAUAAACGACAUAGAAAAGAACAUGUUUCUUAUAAAAAUUCCCAAGACGGAAGCAGAAGAGGACUGGCUAUUCAUUGAGCAGCUCAUCAUGAGCAUCAUCAAUUUCUCGUACAUUUGUUUUAGUAUAUACAAAGACGACAAGCAGAAAAUGAGCAAAAGGGGAACAAACAAAUCGAGCAGUGUGCACAUCUUUGAAGACAGUAGCUAUGCACACCUUAGGGAAAAAAACAGAAAAUUUUUCUACCUCUGUGGAAUAUACCUUAUGUACAUUUUACAGUUCUUGAAGAAGAACAUUCUGUAUCGAUUCAUCGACAAAAUAAUUUACUUGCUGGAGAAAAUCUCGAAGAACGUCUAUGUGAAUAGCUGCAUCAUUAAUAUAUACCUACACAUGUUGCAGCUCAUCACGCCGAACAAUAUUCUGUACAAAAAUACAAACAACACGAACAUUUCGUUGAAUGAUAAAGAUAUUUAUAUUUACAUUGAAAAGGCAACCAUCUACACGGAAAGUAUUAACAACAUUAUUAACAAUAAUAAUGUGCUGCUAAAAUUGAACAAUUUUAAUAUUGAAAAUAUUAUUCUCUCCCUUCUUCCAUAUUUGCUAUAUUUUAAUAACAAGAAGGAAGAAAUUAAUGUUCAUAUAGCGUCCAUUAAUUCAGAGUGCCUUCACAUUAUUUCGAACAUAUAUUAUAAAAGUACCUACAUGUAUAUGAACAACUCGAAGGGUACAAAAAAGGGAGACAACACCAAAGAGGGAUCUUCCCCAAAUGACAACUAUAACUCCAGAUUGUGCAAAAAGUACAAGGACGAUGUCGAUUUUGAUAACAUCAUCGAGUUGAAAAAGAUGUACAUCUUUCUGCUCAUAUGUUUUGUUUUGUCCCUGGCCUGCUCCUUCAGCUCCAAGAGAACCAGAAGUGAAGCCUAUAUAAAACUGCAGCAGUUUCUGUUUAAUGAGAAUUAUAUUUUUAAACAAGGGAAAAAAACCAAUGGGGACAACUCGCCCAAUAGCAGCAAUAACAAAAGCGAAAAAAAUUGCAAACAGGACAAGUACGUAUAUAGGGACGAAAAGUUGAUAGAUUUGAUAAGCAACUUUAUCAUCCUGCCCCUCAUCACGUACAAUUACUACUUCCCCUUUAUAUGCAAAAGUGUGCAUUGGGUCGAGGCGGCCGAAAAGGGGUGCAAAGAGGCGAAAAGUGGAGCGAAAAAUGGAGCAAACAUUGGACCGGACAGUGGAGCGGAAAGUUUCAUCAACGAAGCCCAGUGUGACCAGACCGAGCAGCGAAACACAGCUGUCCACGCGAAGAACAACUAUUGCAAGGAAGCCCUGCUCAAUUUCAGCCUGUACAACAAAAGGAACAACGACAUAUCGAGCAAAAUGUGGAAGCAAAACGAAUACGAAAACUGCGGCUGUAUUAUUAAUUACAAAAACAUGGAGACGGUGGAUCAGGACCUAAACGUGCUAACCAAUUUGUUCAGCUAUGCAAAUGAUUAUUAUAUACACACCCUGCUACAUAAGCAGUACAAUUACUACUUCAGCUACCUGUACGCCAAGAAAAUGCUGAGCUACGACAACGUCUGCUAUAGGAAAAGCAUGAGCAUAAGCUUCGUGAGCCACAUCAUUUUGUCGUUCUUGCAUUCGUUACUGAAUUACGCGGGGGAUGGAUGCGAGCACAGCAAUGAAGGGAAGAAGGAGCCCCAUAACGACCGUAACGACCAUAACGACCGUAACGACCAUAACGACCAUAACGAUCCGACUUCACCAGAUGAUUCCAGAGAACCGAAUGACAUCAACCUGCAUGAGCUGCUCUGCCUAAAUAAUGACAAAUCGUGCAAUAAAAUUGUCACCAAAACGAAAUGUGAAAAUAAUUGUAUCUUCUACUUUUUGAAGCAUUUUUACCACGCACUGCUAACGAUUAAGGAAGAAGCGAAGAAAAUUUUAAAUAUUUACAAGGAGACCUUUAUCGAGAACAUUAAAAAUAUGAUCUACGUCUCAUCGUCCUAUGCAUACUGCUUGAAGGACCAUCGUGUCAAUUGCUUUGCGCAUAUAAAAAAGGGCUUUUCUUUCGUAAAUGAGGAGGAGAAGAAGUUGUUAAAAUCGUACAAUCUGGAAGCUGCAGAGAAGGCGGAAAACUUGCUCGAAUGCGACAAGGAAGUUUUUAAAAACAUAUCCAAAUUGCAAGUCAAUGUAAGGAUCAGUAUCGUCAUCGUUUACUACAUUCUGUACACAGAUAACAACCAAAAUGAGCAAUUUAAAAAUAUCUUCGAAGAGUUACUAAAUGUCUUGUUGACCAAAUAUAGCAUUAAGUCAGAGGCACUAGACAGUUGUGAGGAUCCCAGCACUAAAUCGAAAACGACAGAUGAUCAAACGGAUGAGCAGCAGGAAAAUUUACCCAAUGACCCCAUCAAGAGCGAAGAAAAUGCAGACACCGCAAAGCUAGAAAAAAAGGAAGAACCGUCUGACCAAACGGCCGAAAACGGAAACGAUGAUGCAAACCUACAGACGGGCGAAAAAAAUGAAGAGGCUAAAAAGUAA